GAUUCCCCUCCCCCAGAGCUCCCUCCCAUUACCCAGGGGUUUCCUUCAGGGAGUAAGUGACAAUGUGAACAUGCCAUGUUUCCUUGCCAACAUGUUUCUUGUAUGAACACCAGGGAGGAAGGGACCUGUCUUUCCCCUUCCCGUGUCUUCAGGAUCUAAGCCACUGCUGCGUGGAUGAAUGGAGCGUGUGACUGAGUGAGUGUGCUCCUGAGUGGACCACCACAGUGUGAUUUUGAGCCAGUCAUUUACCUCUCUGGGCCUUGCCUUCUUCCAGCUUUGGGGAAUUGGGCAAAUAAUGGCUGCAGAAACUGGGAGGAGUGAUCCAGCUCACCCCCAAGCCUGAGCUGCCCUCUUCUCCCUCCCAUUCACACUCACCCCAGCUAUGUUCCAGGCUUCCCUCACUCUCAGCCACCCACACAGCACCUCCUCCCAGCCCCACCUGCCAACCCUCCCAGUUGCCUGAGGUGGAGCAGCCAAUUCUCAGGACACCUCAGAUUCCCAGGCAGCACAUCAUGGGGGGUCUGAGGCCCUGGGCCCGAUAUGGACUACUGCUUGUGGCCCACCUGCUGGCUCUGGGGCUUGGGGCUGUGGUGCUCCAGGCCCUGGAGAGGCCUCCAGCACUCCAGCUCCAGGCCCAGCUUAGGGCUGAGCUGGCCACUUUCCAGGCGGAGUAUGGGGCAUGCCUGCCAACUGGGGCACUGGAGGAACUGCUGGGCACUGCUCUGGCAGCCCAGGCCCAUGGGGUCUCCAGCCUGGUCAAUGGCUCAGAGGCUGGGAACUGGGAUCUGCCCUCAGCCCUGCUCUUCACUGCCAGCAUCCUCACCACCACCGGUUAUGGCCACAUGGCCCCACUCUCAGCAGGUGGGAAGGCCUUCUGUGUGGUGUACGCGGCCCUGGGGCUGCCAGCUUCCCUAGCACUUGUGGCUACACUGCGCCACUGCCUGCUGCCUCUGCUCAGCUCCCUGGUUGCCUGUGCAGCUGGCCGCUGGCAGCUGGCCCCAGCCAGGGCUGCGCUGCUGCAGGCAGCUGGACUGGGCCUGCUAGUGGCUAGUACCUUUGUGCUGCUGCCAGCAGUGCUGCUGUGGGGUCUGCAGGGCAGCCGCAGCCUGCUGGAGGCCAUCUACUUCUGCUUCGGUUCACUCAGCACCAUAGGCCUGGGGGACCUGCUGCCUGGUCGUGGCCGUGACCUGAAUCCAGUACUUUACCACCUUGGCCAGAUCGCGCUUCUUGGUUACUUGCUUCUGGGGCUCCUGGCCAUGCUGCUGGCAGUGGAGACCUUCUCGGAGCUGCCACAGGUCCGUGCCUUGGUGAAGUUCUUUGGGUCCAGUGGCCCUUUGACUGCUGAGGACCAAGGAGGCAUCCUAGGCCAGGAUGAACUGGCUCUGAGCACCCUGCCCUCCUCAACCUCAGCCCCAGAACAAGCCCCAGCUUGAUGACAGGUGUCAGGUGAUGGAGUUAACUCCUUUCAGGUGAAGAAGCCUGAGGAGGAAGCCUCUAGAGAUGGGAGGGAAGGGAUAAAUGCGAGAACCUGAUAAUAAAAUGUUAAAAAAUAAAAUGGGCAACAACCCCAACUGUGU